AACUCAAUUGAUUAUUGAAUCUCGGGACAACACAUGUUCUGCUUCUGUUGCAGGUCGCUUGAAACUGAUUACAUCACCCUGCGAUCUGCGACGGACGACGACGGCGACUUAGAGCAGACUGAGCCAGAUCAAGAGAGCGGCUGAGCUGAGCUAGUAACGUUAAUACUUGGAGCUGAUAUUUAAAAGAAAAUGGCGGAAUUAAUGGAAAUGGAUUGUUGGAAAGGUGACUGGGGAUUGCCCUCGAUUGACAGGGAUUGUCUUAAGGUUAUGGCCUAUGCCCAGUUUGCUGGAGCCCCAAUCAAAGUUCACCGUGAUAGAAGACUUUGGAGGAAUAUAUCAGCACAUUAUCCAGUCUUCUAUUCAAAUGGGAUGACACUGAAGACAGCAGACAGUAUUAUAGAGCAUCUAAAACAGAAUGAGUUCAAUGCAGAUUCUGAAUUGAAUGACCAGCAAAGGGCAGAUAUCCUCGCCUACUCGUCGCUACUAGAAGAAAAGCUAUUACCUGCAUUGCAAUACACAUGGUGGGUGGAUGCUAAAAACUACACAGAGUUUUCUCGUCCUUGGUUUGCAAAGACUAUCCAUUUUCCUUUCAAUUACUUCAUACCGGGUCAGUUACAAAGGACAGCAGAAAGCAGUUUAGAAGCCAAGAGAGGAGGUCUUCAUUUAUUAGAUGGAGAACUUACUCAGAAUGUUAUGAAAGAUGCCAAGUACUGCCUCAACAUGUUGUCUGAAAGACUAGGACAGAAAGAAUUCUUCUUUGGAGAAACUCCUACAUCUUUAGAUGCCCUUGUAUUUAGCUACCUGGCUCCUCUUAUACGAGUUCCAUUUCCCAACAACACUCUUCAAAUCCACUGUAAGGCUUGUGAUAAUCUGGUUAUGUUUUGCAGUCGUAUCUUGCAACGCUAUUUUCCUCAGGUUCCACAAGGUUCAGAGAAUGCAUCUAGAGAGUCUCGAGCCACAACUGAAGAGUCGUUUGAUGAUCCUCAUAAGAGACGUAAUCAAAUCCUAUCCGUGCUCUUUGCUGCUGCUGCCAUGGUUGGGUAUGCCCUCUUCAGCGGGUUGGUACAGUUUGAGAUCGUGGACGAUGAGGAGAUGGAUGAUCAUGGGAUGAUGGACGAUGAGGGAGAUGAUUACCAGAGCCAAGAAUAGAUGAAGGAUCACAGUUACUAGAUCCAGAUGUCAAGACUGGUCUGUUACUACUAGGUCUGAUUAAUAAUAUCGAUUCCAUAAAUAGUCUGACACCAUUGUCUCUGAUUUCAAUCUAGUCAAUUAACAACAUUUGCUGAUAGAUACUCAGUUUGGCUAUCCCCAUUACAUCCAACAUUAAAAAACAAUUUUUACUUUGAAAAAAUGGAACUAGACCAAAUGUAUGGAGCAAGAGGAUUUGAGCUGAAUGAAGAUAGCCCAUAUUGAGAUUAGACAAAGAGGUUAUAAACCAAACAUGUUUAGACAGUGUCCAAGUCUUCCAAAGGUUCCUACUGCUGUGUUGUCUCAAAGGAUAGUGUUAAUCUGUCCAAACUUUCACCUACUUUUUAGAGAAUAUGGAUUGCAUUAUCAACUUUACCGGUGUUGCAGUAUACUGUCAUUAAAGACAAUUGAAUAUACUGCAAAUAAACUGCAGGAAAAUUUGGGCAUUACAUAGGACUUUGCAAUGAAUAGCUUAGCCCUAAAUAGACUGGGCUAUUUAGAUGCCUAAGAAGACGGGGAGAGGGGGGGGGGGGCUGAAUCAGCCCCCCCCCAGUCAUCUUAGGGUUAGAAUAUUUGUUAUGAUUCUAUUAAACUACAAUAUCAAUUCCUAUAGAAUGGAUUUGUGUCAAGCAACGAGUCCUAUUCAGUCUUUACCCAUAAUUUGUUUGUGUUAUUUUCAAUGAAAUCGUAGUGUUACUCUUUUUAUCUAUUUAUUUCUUCAAAAAUAAUGAUUUUGUUGAUAAUAAUCACAUAUCGAAAUGAUUAAAAAUGAUAUAAACAUAAUUCUGCAGAGAUAUAUAUUUUGUUUGCAGGCUCAAUCUGAUAACUUGUGGAAUGGUUAGCCAUUUUGAAGAGGACCAGCUUGUAAGA